UGCCGGUAUCGUGAGGACACAAUGCGGUGAGCAGAGCUGAAAUCACUCAGCUUUGUCUCGGGGUAAUUUAGAUUAACUGCCGUGGCCUGUUUGUGGUUUCUUAAGUUGAUAUUAACAAAAAUAAUCGCCUAUUCGAUUAAAACGUUUGCUGUGUCCCCAGGACCUUUUAUUCCUGUUCCCCGGUCACAAUGCCGUCCGAUUUGGCCAAGAAGAAGGCAGCGAAGAAGAAGGAGGCAGCCAAGGCCCGUCAGCGGCCCAAAAAAGCUGAAGAAGUGAACGGCGAGGGGGAGAAACCAGAGAGCCAAGAAAACGGUGUGUCUGAGGUCAAUGGAGUAGCCAGUCUUACUAAGGAGCUGGAUGAGUUUGAGCUGAAGAAGACAGAGGCACGUGCUGUUACAGGGGUGCUGGCAUCUCAUCCAAACAGCACAGAUGUGCACAUCAGCAGUCUCUCGCUAACUUUCCACGGGCAGGAACUGCUCAGCGAUACCUGUCUGGAGCUCAACUCGGGUCGCCGCUACGGCCUCAUCGGACUCAAUGGAACAGGUAAAUCUAUGCUGCUGUCGGCCAUCAGUCACAGAGAGGUGCCCAUUCCAGAGCACAUUGACAUUUACCACUUGACACGCGAAAUGGCUCCUAGUGAGAAGACGGCACUGCAGUGUGUGAUGGAGGUGGACGAGGAGAGGAUCAAGCUGGAGAAAGAGGCAGAGAGGCUCGCUCACGAAGACUCUGAAUGUGAGAAGCUGAUGGAGCUGUAUGAACGACUGGAGGAGCUGGAUGCAGACAAGGCAGAGAUGCGAGCGUCCCGUAUCCUUCACGGCCUCGGCUUCACCACUGCAAUGCAGCAGAAAAAGCUCAAAGACUUCAGUGGUGGCUGGAGGAUGCGUGUUGCUCUUGCCAGAGCGCUGUUCCUCAAACCCUUCAUGCUGCUCCUGGACGAGCCCACCAACCACUUGGACCUGGAUGCAUGCGUGUGGCUGGAGGAAGAAUUAAAGGAAUUCAAACGAAUUCUGGUUUUGAUAUCCCAUUCUCAAGACUUCCUCAACGGCGUGUGCACCAACAUCAUCCACCUGCACCAGCGCAAGCUGAAAUACUACACGGGUAAUUAUGACCAGUAUGUGAAAACUAGAGAAGAAUUGGAGGAGAACCAGAUGAAACGCUUUAACUGGGAGCAGGACCAGAUUGCACAUAUGAAGAAUUAUAUAGCACGGUUCGGUCAUGGCUCGGCCAAGCUGGCCCGGCAGGCACAGAGCAAAGAGAAAACGCUGCAGAAAAUGGUCGCCUCAGGGCUGACUGAACGUGUAGUGAAUGACAAGACCCUGUCAUUUUACUUUCCUUCCUGUGGGAAGAUCCCUCCUCCAGUCAUCAUGGUUCAAAACGUCAGCUUCAGAUAUUCGGAUAAUACGCCGAUCAUUUAUAAAAAUCUGGAGUUUGGAAUUGACUUGGAUACCAGAGUGGCCCUUGUGGGGCCCAACGGGGCUGGCAAAUCCACACUACUGAAGCUGCUCACUGGGGAGCUACUCCCCACUGACGGCAUGAUCAGAAAGCACUCCCAUGUCAAGAUCGGCAGAUAUCACCAGCAUCUGACAGAGCAGCUGGAUCUGGACUUGUCCCCUCUGGAGUACAUGAUGAAGUGCUACCCAGAGAUCAAAGAGAAAGAGGAGAUGAGGAAGAUCAUCGGACGCUACGGACUCACUGGCAAACAGCAGGUGAGUCCCAUCAGGAAUCUGUCAGACGGUCAGAAGUGCCGUGUGUGCUUUGCCUGGUUGGCCUGGCAGAACCCCCACAUGCUCUUCCUGGACGAGCCUACCAAUCACCUGGACAUCGAGACCAUCGACGCACUUGCUGAGGCCAUUAAUGACUUUGAAGGUGGAAUGAUGCUGGUCAGCCACGACUUCAGACUCAUUCAGCAGGUAGCUCAGGAGAUCUGGGUUUGUGAAAAACAGACCAUCACCAAAUGGAGUCAGGACAUCUUGGCCUACAAAGAACAUCUGAAAGCCAAAAUCGAUAAACAUAUAUAAGGCAUGCAUUGCCUCGUCCAUCCAAGGCAGACAACAUCUCCACUGUUGCUCCCCUUGGCAAAGCGUGCAUGCGGCUGAUGUACCAUCUGUUGCAAAGACGUCUACAGUUUUGCAUUUUUGUUGUCUUAUUCUUAUCUAAAUUAAAUAAAUCAAGGCAGGUGUGCACUUAAGCAUAUUUUCAGGACAUUUCACAGGUUUGUUUUUGUUUUUUAAAUAAACCGCAUCAGCAGGACAAAUGCUGAUGCAUCACUGCUAUACAUAUACAUGAGCUCUUAAAGAGCUUUUAUUUUUCAAGUAUUUAAAGCUGUAUCUGCAAUAAUGGACUUGUCUGAGCAUAACUGAAUAAAAGUACCUUUGUCAGUA